CAAAGGCUGAAGCCGUUGCCGUUGCCACAUUAUAACUAGUAGGGGAUCUCCAAGUAAGCAUGGCCACAGCUGCCUCGAAUCCCUACAGCAUUAUCAGCUCCAGCUCCAUGGUUCACGCAGACGCCUCGGUCAUGCAACAAGGGAGUCCUUUCAGGAAUCACCAGAAACUCCUCCAGAGCGACUACAUCCAGGGCGUCCAGAGCAAUGGGCACCCGCUCGGGCACCAGUGGGUGAGCAGCUUGGCCGAGAGCAGCCCCUGGUCCACGUCGCUGGCCAGCAGCCCCCUAGAGCAACAGGACGUGAAGCCCGGUCGGGAGGAUUUGCAGCUCGGCGCGAUUAUUCACCACCGGUCGCCACAUGUCGCCCACCACUCGCCGCACGCCAAUCACCCGGGCGCGUGGGGGACGCCCGUGUCGCACGGCACGACCCUCGGCGGCGGAGGUCAGAACCUGUACUCGCAGACGGGAUUCGCCGUCAACGGCAUGCACGGCGCACUCACGCCGCCGCCGCCACCGGGACCUCCCGGGCCGCAAGGCGUCCUCGACCACGGCGACGUGACUGCGGCGCACCAUUGCCACGACCACUCGGACGAGGAGACGCCCACCUCGGACGAGCUCGAGCAGUUCGCCAAGCAGUUCAAGCAGCGGCGCAUCAAGCUGGGCUUCACGCAAGCCGACGUGGGCCUGGCGCUGGGCACGCUCUACGGCAACGUCUUCUCGCAGACCACCAUCUGCAGGUUCGAGGCGCUUCAGCUGAGCUUCAAGAACAUGUGCAAGCUCAAGCCGCUGCUGAACAAGUGGCUGGAGGAGGCCGACUCGUCCACGGGGAGCCCGAGCAGCAUCGACAAGAUCGCGGCGCAGGGCAGGAAGCGCAAGAAACGGACGUCCAUCGAGGUGAGCGUGAAGGGCGUGCUGGAGACCCACUUCCUAAAGUGCCCUAAGCCGGCGGCGCAGGAGAUCUCUUCUUUAGCGGACAGUCUGCAGCUGGAGAAGGAGGUGGUGCGCGUGUGGUUUUGUAACAGGCGGCAAAAGGAGAAGCGGAUGACUCCUCCCGGGGAGCCGCAGGGCCACGAGGUUUACUCCUCGCACGGCGUCAACACGGACAACUCGUCGUGCCACGAUCUCUGACCAAGGAGACUCUCCCACGAACACACACACGUUCACACGCACCAGAGGAAAUCUAUCCGCUUGUUUUUGUAUCGUGGAUGAUGAUGGCUCUCCUGCUUUUUUCUCCAGCGUUCAGUUUCAGAUCGUAGAGAAACGAGAACACCGAGAAAGAAAACAAUAAGAGAAGCAACUCUUAUAGCUUUUUAGAAAUGAGAGAUGAGAUUUUUUUUCGUUCGUUUUUUGAAAUCUACGGUCCUGUGGGCAUUAAACACGACAAAAACCAAUGUUUUAUUAAUGAAAUCUCAAACGGAAGUGAUCUACCAAAAUGGUUGUUUUUUUGUAUUACAGCAAGAAUACGAAUACGAAAUUGUGCCUAUUAAAAUGACCUCCCAGCGCCUUGGUUAUACAAAAACAACAGAAAAAAAUGUUACAAAAAAUACAAUUAUACAUCAGGUUGAGUAGGCUGUGUUUUUGUUUUGUUUUUGCCUUUUUAAUUUUAACGCAUCGCGUCGCACGCUUCUUUAUUUUAUUUCUUUUUUUAUUUUUUUUAUUGCUCUUUCCUCCUUGUUUAAUUUGCACAUUUUUAUUUUUUAUUUUUAGGAACUUUCUAAACUACAAUAGACAGACUGCAAUGAUGCUUAUCUGAUGUAUUUCAUUUUUAAUCGAUUCCCAUCCGUCACGCUGGAGUGGAGGCACUCACCAGCACUCCGCAGCCAUCUCACUCACAGCCGCCUCACCGUAAGACACCUUAUACUGUGGCUUUUUCCGAGACGCUUUUUCUGCCAUUUCUGAAGCAAUGUUCUCACCCCUCUCAAUAGGUCUGUUUGAAGGGAGGGAGGAGGGGGGUGUUUUGUUUUGUGUCUUGGGGUCACACAGCAGGCCCAGACCACAACUCAAACUAAAGCUAAAGCACUUCAGAAUCGCGUCGUUCUUUGCAGAAAAAGGCCCGGAGAAGAGCAACGCACAACCCCACAGACUGGGAACAGAGAGUGGAGCUGGGUCGUAUUUCUCUCACCAUGGACCACAUUACUGUGUAUUGGAUACUAAAGCAGAAGCGAGAUGCUCGCCAGCGAAAGCGUUGCGCUAUAGCCUAUACUUAUUUUAUUCUACACGUUCAACUAUCUAAAGUUUUAUAAUCUUAAAUACUCCUCUUAUCCGUUUAUUUCUUGAACUAUUUUUUCGAAUACUGUACAGUUUUGUAUAUUACAACCUUUUUGAAGUUAUUAAUUUAAACAAAUACCGUUUAGUUAUUCAUGCACUUAGUGAUGUACAAAAAGAUAUUUUCAUUAAAAAAAUCGGAAAAAAUAUGGACGUUUUCGGCGGUCCUCUUCCCAAAUUCGAGAACAGGUCGAGCGAUUAUUUAUUUUCAGUAUAAAAGCUUGUAUUAUGGUUUUGGAGCAAACUGUAUAAUGUAUGUUGUAAUAAAACAACUUGUUGGUACAA